AUGGCUGCGGUUGGAAUUCCAAAGAACAUUGCCUCGCUCAGCAUUCCUGAGACCGGAACUGUUCGUCUUUUCGGCAAGUGGGACGCUCAGGAUGUCGAGGUCAAGGACAUUUCCCUGACGGACUACAUCUCGCUUCGUAACGCCGUCUACACCCCUCACACGGCCGGUCGCUACGCCACUAAGCAGUUCCGCAAGGCUCAGAUGCCCAUCGUUGAGCGCCUUGUGAAUGCCCUCAUGUUCCACGGCCGUAACAACGGCAAGAAGCUCAUGGCUGUUCGCAUUGUGGCGCACGCCUUUGAAAUCAUUCACCUCCUUACCGAUGCCAACCCCAUCCAGAUCCUUGUGGACGCCAUUAUCAACACCGGCCCCCGUGAGGACUCGACUCGUAUUGGUUCGCAGGGCACGGUCCGUCGUCAAGCCGUCGAUGUGUCGCCUCUGCGUCGUGUGAACCAGUCGAUCUCGCUCAUCACGACCGGUACGCGUGAGUCGGCUUUCCGCAACGUAAAGAGCAUUGCCGAGUGCCUCGCUGACGAACUCAUCAACGCUGCUAAGGGCUCAUCGAACUCGUUCGCGAUCAAGAAGAAGGAUGAGCUCGAGCGCGUCGCCAAGUCUAACCGUUAA